GUGACCAGUGUUAGCCUGAAAUGCGCUGAUAUUGAUCAUGAGAUGAUCAAUUUAUUGGGGGUAUCAAAGGCCAUUUUGGACAACGUUAUAUUCUGCCACCAGGAAGAAUUCUGCUGGCCUCUUAGUGAUCCAAAGUCACUGAAAACCAGAUUUGACGACAUUUUUAGUGCCACAAAGUAUAUCAAAGCUUUGGAUGCAUUAAAGAAGGUGAGGUUAGAGCAGGCACAAGUAAUUCGACAGUGCACAACGGAAAUCAAGUUUCUGAAACAAAACAAAGAGAAGGCUGAGGAGAUCAAACAAGAUAUGACAAAAACGGAAGUGAAGCUGAAAGCAUGUAACGAUUCGGUGAAUAAGAUCCAAGAACGUUUGAAACCGUUGCAGGAGUUGCUGCAAAAUAUCGCUGAACAAAACAAGAAGCUGGCAAAACUAACAAAUAAAAGAGACACACUGACAGCGGAAAAAACAAUGCUCGAAACGCAAAUAGUAGAUUUACGAAAGCAGAUCCCGGAGAUGUACGAUGGCAGCGACGAACAACUUGAAUACGACUUGGCAAACUUCGCCCAAGAGAUGAGUGACAAAAGUCGAAUGCUCAUUGCAAAUGAACAAGCUGUCGAAGCUUUAAAUCAGAGGAUUUCGAUAUUGACUAAAACCAGAAAUGACAAGGUCUCGGCAAAGAGCCGAAUCGAAGCCGAAAUUGAGAUGAUCAAGAAGCGAAUCUCACAAAGAGACGAACUAGUGGGAAAAUUGGCUGGACUCAUGAAAAUCAGUGAUGAAAUCGCUGGUGAUCGCUCAAACGUCAUGCCGUUCAUGAAUGCAGCGAAUGAUAGGCUGCAUGACGUGAAGGUUGAACUUGAGUUGAUCAAGACGGAUUUCGACCGUAAACUAGGGGAUUUGGACAAGCAGGUGUCAGAAGCGACAGAUAAAAAAGCCGCCGCUGAGCAGACGGCACGCAUCAGCGACGAAAGACGACGAAAGUUUGAAGUAGAGUUCAAAACGAUGCAGCACCAACUAAGGGACAUCGACAGCUCAGCUCCAAGGAUCAAAGAGCUCCAGAAGGUUAUCGACCAGCUGAACGAGGAGGUAGUCAACUUGGAACAAGGUUUCAACGAAACGUCGGUGAUGGCCGAAAUCGAAUCCAGCGCCUCGACUAGAAAGGACGUGGAAACGAAGGUGAAUCUAGCCAGUGUCCACGAAUUUCUACGAGACAAGAAGUCGUCGAUCACCGGGUUCGAAGCUGAACUCGAGAAGCUGACUGCGAAACUGCGCAACUGCGAUGUGGAACGGAAGAUGGUCAUGGAACAGUUGUCCGAGCGCGAGAAGGAGCUGAAGGACUACGAGGAGAAGAUCUUGUCCGUAUGGCAUUUAGCUUUCGGCUGUGUGCCACAAUGGUUUAAGCUGUUCUUUUUAUUUCAGUCGUCGCUGCAACCUGAACUGUCUGUCGAGGAAAACAUUCAGUCAGUGAGCCAAGAUAUGGAAAGACUGCAGCUGGAGAAAGGCACACUGGAUGGUGCAAGUUAUAUGUACCGCAAGUACAUCGACUUCCUUCAUAAACGACCAUGCUGUCCAUUGUGCAACCGCGACUUUGCCAAUCAGGUUGAAAGUCAACAGCUGUUGAAAGAGUUGGAAACAAAUCUGAAAUCGUUGCCGGAAGAACAGAAGUGUUUGAAGGUGAAGUUGCAAAAGUCUCAACGAAAACAUCAGGAUCUGCUCCAACUGCAGCCGACCGCCAGCUUAGCGAAAAAGCUCAGAAAUGACGUCAUUCCAUCGCUCAAGAGCAAAAGCAGUGCGUUGGUAAAUGGCAUUCAGGAAGCGAAAAAGGCAAUUUCUGAGGUAUGCACUUGUUUGAUUGUUUAAUU